AUGCCUUCCUUUGCCCAGGCUUUCACCUUGGCUGUGGCUGCCGCUACUUUGUCUUCGGCUUUGCCGGUUGCUGCGAAGCGAUCUGAGCUGUACCCAGCUCCUGACCUAGGACGGAUCAAGGUUGACGAUAUCGAAAAACGUGCGGAGCUGUACCCAGCUCCCGAUUUGGGAAGAAUCAAGGUCGACGACAUUGACCAGCGCUCAGAGCUCUACCCAGCCCCUGACCUUGGCCGCAUUAAGGUAGACGACAUCGACGAGCGUGCAGAGCUCUACCCAGCUCCCGACCUGGGUCGUAUCAAGGUUGAAGACGAGAAACGCUCCGAGCUGUACCCUGCCCCGGAUCUCGGCCGCAUCAGGGUCGAUGAUAUUGAGGAACGCGCGGAGCUCUACCCAGCUCCUGACCUGGGCCGUAUUAAGGUUGAAGACGAGAAGCGUUCGGAGCUGUAUCCUGCCCCGGAUCUCGGUCGUAUUAGGGUCGAAGACGAAAAGCGCUCUGAGCUCUAUCCGGCCCCGGAUCUUGGCCGCAUCAAGGUAGAUGAUGAGUAA